AUGGACAAGCCUACGACACUAUCGCGGCGCGAGCUGCCAAAGACAACCAUGAUAUACAUCAUCGUCGGCGUUGUCGUCGGCCUAACUUGCACUGUUGGGGUCAUUGUGUUUCUGGUGAUUAGACAUCGCAAAGGUCAAAAGUACAGCCAACUGAGGAACAGGAGCACAACUGCCACCACGAACAACAACCGAGAGUCUUACAGGAAAAGCAUCAUGUCGACUGUUUCCGAGGUGGACGACGCCCAGAGGCAGGCCAUGAUUCGGAAAUCGCUGGCGACGCGAAGCUCUAUGAUGACGUUGAACACUAUGAUGACGUUGAAUAUGGACUCAAGCUCGGUGUAUACCGCGCCUCAUCCGCUGGAUCGCACCGCCUCUCAUUUCUUAUACCAGACCACACCGGAAACUCAGGAACCCCAUCCUCCUCCGUCGCGAGAUGAGGAAUCGCGAGAUGAGGAAUCACUGAUCGGCCUCAAGGCUGACUGGAAGGAGUGGGAAGCGAGGCUACACGAGAACCAAUCCCUUUCGCUCGACCUUCAUCCAGCUAUAGCACCCGAGCGAAAGGAUUCUACCGGCUCCAAUGGCUCCAACGGAGAAUAUCGUCUGGCCAAUGGUCCGCCCACUCGAGCCCACCUCAGCCUUAUCACGUCUGAGCUCGACCGGCGCUCAGAACCACCCAUGAGUCGGCCAAAUUCAGUUGUUUCUGUCAAAUCUAAUAGAUCGCUGCCUAUGAAGUACGAUGUUAGACGAGACACACGCUCUCCUCAUCAACUACAACAUUCGUGGACGGCCUCUUAA